UAUGAGGCAUUUGAAAAUCAGGAAGUUCUAAACCGAAAUAAUGAGGUUUUGUCUCGGUUUUGAGACAUUCUGAAGCAAACGGACGCUGUGGACUGUUUCAUUUCACUGCAAUGUAGGGGCAAAAUGCAUGACAGAGAUUGUGUGGAGAAAGGCUCUGUGCCCGUUGAAUUGCUGGGGAAGCCAAGAAGCUGGUCUGUCUACAGCAUAUAUGGAAAUCAGGGUGGUUCUCUGCUUUCAAAAAAGUAUUUUACUGACAUUAAAAAGAUUCUAGCUGUUUCCCUCAUAAUCAUAAUCUCCAUAAUUUUAUUAUGUAUGCUGUUUAUUUUUAUUUCUGUAAGGGGAAGACGAUCCCAUGAAACACCAUCAGAGUGCUUUGAACCUGCAUGCCCAGAAGACUGGAUUGGUUUCCAAAGAAAGUGUUUCUAUUUUUCUGAUGACAUCAAAAAUUGGACAUUCAGCCAGAGGUUUUGUAAGUCACACGGUGCUGAUCUUGCUCAAGUUGAAACCCUCCAGGAACUGGAUUUCCUAAUGCGAUAUAAAGGCCUCUUCGACCACUGGAUCGGGCUCAGCAGAGAACAAGGCCAGCCAUGGAAAUGGGUAAAUGGCACUGAAUUCACCAGCUGUUUUCCAAUCAGGGGAGGAGGAGAGUGUGCUUAUUUGAAUGACAAAGGUGCCAGCAGUGCGAGGCAUUAUACGGAAAGGAAGUGGAUUUGUUCCAAAUCGGACAGAUAUGCCAAUGUGCGGUCGCAAACUGCAGCAUAGUUCUUCCUUUGAUAUUUUCUUGUUCCCUCUCUCUGUGCCCCUCCCUUGCUUGCACUCCCCUUCAAAAAUAAAUAAUAUUUUUAUAAAUGCAAAAGAUUUCUGUACAUAGAUUUUGUAUCCUUCAAAUUUAUUGAAUUCAUGUAUCAAUUCUAAUAGUUUUGUUGAUGAACUUCUUCUACAUAGGGCAUUACGUCGUCUACAAAUAUUACAUUUGCCUUCUUUCUUA